AUGCUGUGGGCAAUAACAGGCGCACUCUGCACUGUCAGGCGAGCCAACAACAUAAGAACUCUCCUCGUUCCUCUCAGAAACAUGUCUUCAUCCCCACUUAAACGGCCUGUCACCCUGCUGGGAACCAUGGCGUUCGGGGGACGAGCCGACGCCGAGCAGAGCAGAGGGAUGGUGAAAGCUUUCCUGGACAGGGGGCACAGCCACCUGGACACAGCCUUCAUGUAUGUGGAUGGGAAGUCGGAGGCCAUCAUAGGGGACAUGAACCUUCCUAAAACAGUAAGCAUAGCAACCAAGGCAAACCCCUGGGAUGGGAAAACACUGAAGCCAGAGAGCGUUCGCUCGCAACUUGAAAGCUCCCUGCAGAGGCUGAGGACUGACUGUGUGGACCUUUUUUACCUUCAUGCUCCUGAUCAUCAAAACCCCAUCCAGGACACUCUGAGGGCUUGCAAUGAGCUCCACAAAGAGGGUAAAUUCAAAGAGCUAGGACUGUCAAACUACGCGUCGUGGGAAGUUGCUGAAAUUGUUUGCAUCUGCAGACAUAAUAACUGGGUCGUUCCCACUGUUUAUCAGGGAAUGUACAACGCUACAACAAGACAGGUGGAGACCGAGCUGCUCCCAUGCCUCAGAUAUUAUGGAAUGAAGUUUUAUGCUUACAAUCCUCUAGCAGGUGGCCUCCUGACAGGGAAAUACCACUAUGAGGACAAAGACAACUCCCAGCCGGCUGGGCGUUUCUUUGGUAAUAACUGGGCUGCAGCUUACAGAGACCGAUAUUGGAAGCAGAGUCAUUUUCAGGCAAUAGAUCUGGUUCUGAAAGCCUUAGAGACGGCUUAUGGCUCAGAGAAACCCACCCUGACUUCUGCUGCGAUGCGAUGGAUGUACCACCACUCCCAGCUGAAGGGUAACCUUGGUGAUGGAGUCCUCAUCGGAAUGUCAAACAUGGAGCAGCUUCAGCAGAAUCUGGCUGCAGCAGAGGAAGGUCCUCUGGAUCAGAGAGUGGUUGAUGCCUUCAAGGAGGCCUGGGAUCUCGUUGCCCACGAAUGUCCAAACUACUUCAGAUGAAGACUCGCACCAAAAUGCUUAACUAAGAACUGAUAGAGGCCAUUCUCAAAUUCUUUUCUAAUCAACUAAAAAUCAUCUCAAGUUCAUUUUUGUUUUUCUAUAAUAAUCACCUUUAAAUCUGUUGUGAAAAAUUGUAGAAAUGUAAAAGG